CCAUAUCCGGAUUCCAAUCUUAUUCGCACUUUUCAUUUCUUCAUUUGGAAACAAAACAAAAAAGAGAAAAAAAAAAGAAAUCCCCAAAUCAAUUGAAUCAUGUGCGACGAAGGAAACAGCGUCUACACCACGCGCUCGACGAAGAAGCGAGCCUCGGCGGCGGAGGCCCUGAAAGUUCCGGCGUCCAAGAAGCAGCGAUCCGUACUGGGAGAGAUCACCAACUCGCCGGAUCUCGUUUCGGUUCCGAAAUCGGCACCGAAGAAACCGAAAAUUGAGUCGCAGAAGAAGGAAGAGGAGGAGGGACUCGAGACGGAGAUUGGUGUGGGCUCGAUUGAUCCGGUCAAAUGUGCUUACUCGCCUUCUAUGUAUAAGCAUCUUCAUAUAUUGGAGGUGGAGGUGAAGAAUAGACCAUUAUGUGGUUACAUGGAGAAGGUGCAGAAUUGUAUUUCAGAACACAUGCGAGAAGUCCUGGUGGAUUGGUUGGUGGAGGUUGCGGAGGAAUACAAGUUUGUUUCAGACACCCUUUAUCUUACCGUAUCAUAUAUUGACAGAUACCUUUCUUCACACGUUAUCAGCAAGAACAAGCUACAGCUUCUUGGUGUUGCGUGCAUGUUUAUUGCCUCGAAGUACGAAGAGAUUUGUCCUCCACGUAUUGAAGAGUUCUGCUAUAUAACAGAUAAUUCCUACAUGAUAGAAGAGGUGUUGGAAAUGGAGAAAGAUGUACUCAAAUUCUUGAACUUUGAGAUCUAUACUCCCACAACAAGGAGUUUUCUCAGAAUCUUCGCAAGAGCUGCUCAAGAGAAUUCCAAAUCUUUGGGUCUGCAGUUUGAAUUCUUGGGUGGUUAUCUUGCGGAACUAAGUUUGCUUGACUACUGCUGUGUUCGAUUCCUACCAUCAGUUAUUGCUGCAUCGGCGGUUUUUCUUACAAGGUUCACAAUCCAGCCUGAGGUUCAUCCCUGGAGCUGGAACUUGCAAUGCUAUUCUGGUUAUAAACCAUCUGAUUUACAAGAUUGUGUCCUUGCCCUUCAUGACUUGCAGCUGAAUAAAAGAGGAAGCAAUUUGCGAGCGGUUAGAGAUAAAUAUAUGCAAGCAAAGUUUAAGUGCGUAGCAACAUUGUCUUCACACUCUGAGAUUCCUGCACUUUAUUUUGAGGCCAUCAACUAAGUGCUAGAUUUGCGCACGAGUUAUGGCUUGAGAAAGUUUGUCUUAGGUCUGAAUGUUAAUGUUUUGUGAAGAAGGAAAAGAAGCAAGAUGCUGAAUGAAGCUGAAUACCGAAGUCUGACCUAGUUUUGAAGAAUUUCUUCACCACAUUCCCUAGUAAGAGCUAGCUGCUGAUAAACUUGAAGCUGCUAAAUCAUUCAUGAUGGAGCCUAAAGACUCCAGAUUACACUGAAUAGGUUGUUUGGGACAGAUAAUUUUUCUCACUGCACUAAUUUUGCCGACCAGAUAUUUGUAAAUUGUGGUGGCCCUGAAAUCAAGGAUUUCUAAUUACUUUUUUGAGGCAUCCAAUUGUUUUUGAUGUCUGAACCCUCGACCCAAGUUUUGAUCUCCUCUACUCUCCAACUUCGAAAGAGUUUUCUAAGCACCUGUAUCUGUAUUGUUGUUUGUGUUUAUGAUCUCGCACGAUGCUGUAACCUGCUUUAUGGAUUAACAUGUUAAAUAAGUUAAUUUGAGUAUUCUGUAAGAUUUCUUCAAGAAAUAGAGAAACAAGUCAAGACACAUCAGCA